AUUACCAGCAGAUCAGAGCCCUGCACUGUGUUACUAAUGUGGUGGAACAGGUAACUCAAUUAUCAGGAAUGAGGAAGUGCGGAGAACUCUCUCCACCUCUUGGCACAGAUUACCUUCCAGUAUAAAGACCGUCUCAGCAGCUGACGCCCAUCUCUAUCUGUCACACUUGCCUGCUCAUCGCCAGCCCAUGAGACACCAGAGUCGUCUGCAAACCCCAGACCUGGUCUCCCUCAGUGAGAGGCUUGGAAGGGUAGACAUCACCUCCAGGACACCGCGUUGCAACCCGAUUCAUUCAGCUGAAGUCCUGUCAGGUGCCGGCUAUGGACCAGGCGGAGGGUGCGGUCAACAGCGCCGGACCUUUCACCGCCCGCGGCACUCUGCUCCUCACCUGCGUGCUGCCCACCUCCUGCCCCUCCGACGGCCAGAGUGAGUCGCUGGACCUGGAGAUGCCCACACACUCCACAGUGUGGACCCUCCGCCUGUUGGCCUGGAGCCAGGCUGCCGGGCACAGUGCCACGCCCAGCAACUACCAGCUGAACUCCCCCCACCACUUCCGGCUGCUGUACAGGAAGGGUCCCACCUGGUACGAGAUGUUGGAGGACCAGCAGACCCUGGCCUCGCUGGAGGCGGUGAGAUAUUGGAAGAGCUUGGGCCUCAAGAAGGGUCAGAUCCACCUGGAGCCCCAACCCAAGGAGACCAGAUCCAGCCAGGACUUUUGGAACGGGCUGACCAACCUGGUGGGUCUGGAUGUCCGGUCCAGAGUGGCCAGCCAGCAGAGUGAGCUGAAUUGGGCACGCAGGAUGUUUGCGGUGGUCAGGCAAGCGGAUGUCCAAGGGCGGGACGGGAGGGCCUUUGCCAUGGAGCCCUGCCUGGUGUCCAGCCCCCUCCCUCAAGGUCUCUUGCCCCAGGUCAUCAGGGAGAUGGCGGUGACCAUCUACCAUGCUGGCACCAGCCGGAAGAUGAAGGUGGACCUUCGCUACACUCCGGGCGAGGUUGUGCAAGCCUACCGUGAGGCAACGCCGCCAGAGGUCGCCCCUGACCUGGUCUUGAAGGUCUGCGGGCGCCAGGACUACCUCACCGGCUGCCGGCCGCUGGUGGACUUCUCCUGGGUCCGCCACUGUCUGAAGAACAAGGAGGAGGUCCACCUGGCAUUGGUGGAGGCCCCGUGCGCAGAGGAGGAUGGGGUGGAAGGUGUGGAGUGGCCACUGGUGGACGAGGCCACGGAGCUGACCACUGGACUCCAGGAGCUGGAUGGGGAGGAACCCCCCAUCAUCUCGCUCUGGGACUGCCACCACCGCUUCCGGGUGAAGCUCCUGGGCUUGGACCUCCCCGCCCCGCCCAGCGAGGGGCCUCCCGCGGUCUACGUGGAGGCCGCCGUGCUCCAUGGGGCCAGUGUCCUGUCCUCCGUCGCCUCGCCCCCACGACCCCUUGCCCAAGAGAUGAUGUGGAACGUCUGGCUUAGCUUGGACAUCCGGGUGGAGAACCUGCCCCGGGGAUCACGGCUGAGGCUGGCGGUCUACGGGCUAGACGACCAGACACUCCCGGCCUGGGACCCCAGGCAGAGUCCAAGGGAAGGGAACCCUGGGCAGGGCAAGGCUGGACAUCUACACUCGGUCAGUCUGCUCCUGAUAGACCACCACUCGCUCCUGAGGCAGGGUGAGUACGUGUUGCACAUGUGGCCGGGAUCCAGGGACAACCAAGGAGCGGACCUGCUGAGCUCCCAAACCAACCCCGAGCUCGUGACCUCUGCUGCCAUCUGCAUCUUGCUUGACACCUACCAUCGACCGGUGGCUUUGCCCGGACACUCGGACAAGGGGUCGGAAUCGUCAGACUUCGGGCAGACAUCCCACGGUGAGAAGAGGGACCUGCUGGAGCGGUUCAGGGAAGAGUGCGGGCUCUACAGCCGCCCGCUGCCCAUUUUCUUGGCCACGGUGCAGUGGGGAGACCGCAGUGUGGUACAGGAGGUACACUGGCUCUUUCACCGCUGGCAGCCCCAACAGCUGGACCUGGCGGUGGCCCUGGAGCUGCUCGGGGCGGACGUUGCCGACCGUGAAGUCCGCAAACUGGCGGUGAGGCGGCUGGAGGGCUUGGACAAUGACCAUCUCCUGAGAUAUCUCCUCCAGUUAGUCCAGGUACUGAAGUUCGAGCCGUACCACGACAGCAGCCUGGCCAGGUUCCUGAUUGGUCGCGCGUUGACAAGCAAGAGGAUCGGACAUUUCUUCUUCUGGUACUGCCGCGGCGAGGUGAUGGGAUCGCCCCCAUUCUCGGAGCGCUACGCGGUCACCCUGGAAGCGUACUUGCUGGCAUGCGGCCAAACCCUUCUGCAGGACUUCCAGCGGCAGGUCCAUCUGGUCAGCUCCCUCGGACACGUGGCCACCAGCCUCAAGGCGGCCAUCGCUGAGAAAGGAGAUGUCCCGUCCAACGCCGCAGCCUUGCUGCACGAACUGUUGCGACAGGCGGAUCUUCCCCAGAACGUCGUGGCUCCGUACAACCCCAGCCUCAGGGUGGGGCGCAUCCUGGUGGAGCAAUGCAAGGUUCUACCCUCCAAGAAGAAGCCGCUUUGGUUGGAGUUCACCCCCGCUGACCUCAGUGACCCCCACGGCCGGCCAAUCUGCAUCAUCUUCAAGCAGGGCGAUGACCUGCGACAGGACAUGCUGGUCCUCCAGACUCUGGUGAUAAUGGAUUCCAUCUGGCAGGAAAACUCGCUCGAUCUGAACCUCAUCCCCUACGGGUGCAUAGCCACCGGAUACAACAUGGGGAUGAUCGAGGCGGUGGGAGAUGCGAUGACCAUUGCAGCCGUGCAGCGCCUGAAGGGCGGCAACAGUGGUGCCUUCAAGAACGACGCGCUGCACGAUUGGCUGCGGUCUAAGCUGCAGGUGGAGGAAGCGUAUCAGCAAGCGAUGGAGACCUUCGUCACCUCCUGUGCCGGAUACUGUGUCGCAACGUACGUCCUGGGCAUCGGAGAUCGACACAACGACAACAUCAUGAUCACAGAGCGAGGGAACCUAUUCCAUGUUGACUUUGGCCACAUCCUGGGCAACAGGAAGCGGUUCCUGGGCCUGAGGCGGGAGCGGGUGCCCUUCGUCCUAACCCCAGACAUGCUCUUUGUGAUGGGACGGCUGAACAGAAGGCCCAGCCUCUACUUCCAGCGCUUCAAGGACACCUGUGUCCAGGCGUACCUGAGCCUGCGGUCCCACUCCUCGCUCCUCAUCACCCUCUUCUCGCUGAUGCUGCGGACAGGACUCCCGGAGCUGAACUGUGCGCGGGACGUUGAAUACUUGCGGGAGGCGCUGGCUGUGGGCAGUGAAACCCCAGCCGCGCACCAACACUUCCUCAGCUGCAUCAGCGAGUGCGAGAGCCUGGGCUGGACUGUACAGGCCAACUGGUGGAUCCACAUGUGGAUGGGCAUUAAACAAGCCUGACCCCAGCUGCAGAGACUGACUGGUGUGGGACAGCGCUGACCGGUGUGGGACAGGACUGACCGAUGUGUGUGGGCACUGACCAGUGGGACAGGAGUGACCAGUGUGGGACGGGAGUGACCAGUGUGGGACGGGAGUGACCAGUGUGGGACGGGAGUGACCGGUGACAUGGGAGUGACUGGUGGGACAGGAGUGACCAGUGUGGGACGGGAGUGAC